AUGGAAGACGGUCACUCCCUCUUCGAUUACAGCGUCGGACUGAACGAUAUCGUUCAACUCUUGGUCAGACAAAGCCCCGCAGUGCUUCCUGCUGUGAGUAAGGAGAAGGAUUCUGAACUCUCAGACACAGACUCUGGCUGUGGCUCAGGCCAAAGCGAGUCUGACAAAAGCUCUCACAAUGGAGAAGGUGCCAUGGAACUGGAGGGACAGCCGAGCACAGCGGCGCAGCCUGACUGGACUGACCCAGGAUUUGGCCUCUAUAAGAUCAAUGACUUGGUUGAUGCUCGAGAUAUGAAUAUGGGAGCCUGGUUUGAAGCCCAGGUUGUAAAUGUGACCAGAAAAAAACCGACAAAUGAAUCAGCUGACAGUUGCACAGAUCCUGACCAGCCGCCAGCCGUUCCUGAAGAGGAUGUAAUAUAUCAUGUGAAAUACGAAGAUUAUCCAGAGAAUGGAGUUGUACAGUUGAGUUCUAAUGAUGUACGGGCUCGUGCACGGACUAUUUUGAAGUGGCACCAGCUAGAAGUAGGACAGGUGGUGAUGGUCAACUACAAUCCCGAUGAACCAAAAGAGAGAGGCUUUUGGUACGACGCGGAGAUUCUGCAAAAAAGAGAAACUAAAAUGAUCAAGGAGAUAAAUGCAAAGAUAUUACUUGGGGAGGCUGGCGAUUCCUUGAAUGACUGCAGAAUUACAUUAGUGGAUGAGAUUUAUAAAAUUGAAGAACCAGGCAGUGCUUGUCCAAUUAGUCCCAGUCCAUUAAAACGACAAAAUGGACCUGUGUGCAAAGCUUGUAAGGACAACCCGAACAAGACCUGCAGAAUUUGUGCUUGCCAUAUCUGUGGAGGUAAACAAGAUCCAGAUAAACAGCUAAUGUGUGAUGAGUGUGAUAUGGCUUUCCACAUCUACUGCCUCAACCCUCCCCUUAGUAGUAUACCCGAUGAUGAGGAUUGGUAUUGCCCUGAAUGUCGAAAUGAUGCAAGCGAGGUGGUUUUAGCAGGAGAGAAAUUAAAAGAAAGUAAAAAGAAACAAAAGAUGGCAUCUGCUAAUUCAUCCUCGCGGAGAGACUGGGGCAAGGGUAUGGCCUGUGUCGGUCGCACAAAGGAAUGUACCAUUGUCCCCUCGAACCACUAUGGACCAAUUCCUGGGAUUCCAGUUGGCACCAUGUGGAAGUUCAGAGUACAGGUGAGCGAAUCCGGUGUUCACAGGCCCCACGUAGCAGGUAUACAUGGCAGAAGUAACGAUGGUGCCUACUCCUUGGUUCUGGCAGGAGGCUACGAAGAUGACAUAGAUCAUGGAAAUUCCUUCACAUAUACAGGGAGCGGAGGGCGGGAUCUUUCUGGAAACAAACGCACAGCGGAACAGUCUUGUGAUCAAAAACUCACCAAUAUGAACAGAGCUCUGGCUCUGAACUGCAGUGCCCCCAUCAACGACAAAAAUGGAGCUGAAGCCAAGGACUGGAGAGCUGGGAAGCCGGUCCGAGUGGUGAGGAACGUGAAAGGAGGCAAACAUAGUAAAUACGCUCCUGUGGAAGGGAACAGAUAUGAUGGAAUAUAUAAGGUUGUGAAAUACUGGCCCGAGACAGGGAAAUCUGGAUUUUUAGUGUGGCGUUACUUACUUAGGAGGGAUGAUGAUGAACCUGCUCCUUGGACCAAAGAAGGAAAGGACAGGAUGAAAAAACUUGGCCUAACAAUGCAGUAUCCUGAAGGGUAUUUGGAAGCUGUUGCAAACAAAGAUAAGGAAAAAGAAAAUAACGAAGAUGAGUUUGAUACCCCGGGGAAAGGAAAGAGGAAAAGGAAAUCAGCAGGUGGGGAGGAAAAACUCAUUACCUCUCCUACAGGGACUCCGAAGAAAACUAAAGUUGAGCCAUACAAGCUGACAUCUCAGCAAAAAUCUCUUAUAAAAAGUGAUGAAGCCAAUGAAAAACUGUGGAAUGAAGUACUAGAAGCUCUCAAAGAUGGACCGAAAUUUCUAAAUAAAGUUGAAGAAGCCUUCUUGUGUAUUUGCUGUCAGGAGGUUGUGUUUCGGCCAGUCACAACUGUCUGCCAACACAAUGUGUGCAAGGAUUGUUUGGAUCGAUCCUUCAAAGCUGAUGUGUACAGUUGUCCAGCCUGUCGCUACGAUCUUGGCAAAAAUUACACCAUGCAGGUGAACGAAACACUGCAGACCGUUCUGACCCAGCUCUUCCCCGGAUACGGCAACGGACGGUGAUUCUGUAAAGCACUUCUCAUUUUCUUUUGUUCAGACUUAAUGGGUUUGCAAUGGGCUUAAUUUAAAAAAAAAA